AUGAGCUCUGCCAACCACGAGACCAUCUCCCUGAGCGAGAUACCCUCUCAUCGCUCCUCCGAUGACGUGACUCCAUUGGAGAUCGAGCAGCCCUCGCUACCCCCCGCAGAUGGGGGAAAGCUGCGUGGCUAUUACUCGCGUCAUGCUGUCUUAUUCAGUUACCAGUUUGGGGUGAGACUAGGAUUCUCGAGCGUCUUUGGUAUUUUCCAAGAGUACUACAGCACGCAUGAUGUUUUGCGAGGCGAUAAAGGGGACCUGGCUACCGUGGGAACUACAUCAACAGGUCUUCUAUACCUCUUAUCACCUGUGACCUUCACCCUGUUGACACGAUAUCCACGCCUUCAAAUUUGGUGCAUUCCAACGGGUCUAGCCAUUACCAUAAUCGGUUCUCUUUUGUCGUCUUUCUCGCAGCAAGUAUGGCACCUCAUUGCGACCCAGGGUAUCAUUUGUGCUAUCGGUAAUGCGCUCAUGUUCAGUCCAUCGUCUCUGUAUAUGGACCAAUGGUUCAUACAGAAGAAGGGACUUGCCCUUGGAAUUAUGUGGGCGGCUAAGAGCAUAACUGGUGUGGCAUUGCCCUUCGUGGCGAGUGCUUGUUUGGAUAAGUUCGGUUCUAGUACAACUUUCAGGGCUUGGACUGUCACCACGCUACUCACUACCCUACUCUCCCUACCGUUCAUGAAGCCUCGAAUACCCGUCUCACCCUCUGCGUCAGCCCGACGUCUGGACCUCAGUUUCCUGAGAUUAGCCACGUUCUGGAUGCUCCAGAUAGGCAACAUAAUCCAAAGCUUCGGAUACUUCUUACCCUCCACCUAUCUACCAUCCUAUUCGACCACAACAGUCGGUUUAUCCGGGACAAUGGGCACAGUGCUAGUCUCGCUCUUCAACGCGACUUCUAUCGUGGGAGGAAUCUGCGUGGGAAUGCUGUGCGAUCGUUUCGCAGUCUCAAACAUCCUCCUUUUCUCCUCGGUAGGCUCAGCGCUAUCUGUAUUCCUUCUCUGGGGCAUGGCAUCAUCUCCGGAAUCCGAAUCGUCUCAGACGGCAAUUGCUCUGCUCACUCUAUUCUCCAUCUUUUAUGGCUUCUUCGCGGGUGGGUUUAGUUCUACCUGGUCAGGUGUCAUUAAGCAGAUUAAGCGUGAUUCUUCUGCGUCUUUGGAGACGGGUUUGGUCUUUGGCCUGCUUGCUGGAGGGCGAGGGAUUGGUAAUGUUAUCAGUGGUCCGUUGAGCACGGCGCUGAUCAGGCAGGGAUCGCUGAGUGGUCCGCAAGGUAAUGCUGGAACUGGCUUUGGGACUCAGUAUGGGAGUUUGAUUCUUUUUACUGGCAUUACAGCGAUUUUUGGGGCAUGGAGCUGGAUGUGGCGGUAUAUUAGUUCUGGGGUUCGCUGCGCCAGUCGCUGA